UGUUGAGCAAAACAACAAUUAAUAGACGGGAAAAUACGUACCAAACUCAUUGCGAAUGCUCGGUGCUGUGACGCAUAUUUGCAUAUCAUAUUGCUGCGGAUUAAAAUUUAACGACUACAUUUUGUGGAUUUAAUAAUUCAUGAAAAUUAAUUGUAUCUUAAAAUUGCGGUGAUAACGAAGUUUAGAUUAGAACAAAUUUAAGAUGGCUGUUGUAUUGGUCAGGACCGCUUGCAAGAAUUAUGGAUCAACUCCCAUUGUAGAAAAUCUUAAUAUGACUGUUAAACCGGGCUCCAUGUAACUUUUUUCAAAAAUACGGGCUUCUGGGUGAAAGCGGAUGCGGCAAAACUACGUUGCUUUCUUGCCUCGUGGGACUCAAACAAUUAGAUCAUGGGAUCAUGAAAGUAUUUGGAAAUCGGCCAGGGCAGAAAAAUUCUCGUUUAGUAGGUUACAUGCCACAGGAGACUGCACUGUAUCCGAUGUUUACCAUACCGGAAAUUAUCGCAUAUUAUGGCAUAAUAUAUGGAAUGACUUCUAAAGAAAUUGCGACCAGGAUAGAAUUUUUAACAAAAAUUCUCGAUCUUCCUACCAAAUUAAUACACCUGGACUCUCUCAGUGGUGGCGAAGAAAGAAGAGUUUCACUUGCAGUAGCACUUACACAUUCUCCUCCCCUCCUCGUACUUGACGAAGCUACGGCCGGCCUAGAUCCCUUAUUGAGAGAAAGAAUUUGGCAGUAUAUGAGCGAAUUGGUUCAAACCAAAGAAGGCUCAGCCCCAGCGAUAAUAAUUUCUGCGCACUACAUUGAGGAAGCAAAAUUUUGCGAUGUGGUCGGAAUUAUGCGAAGAGGACGCCUCGUUGCCGAGCAGAACCCUCAAAUUCUGAUGGCUUUCCACGAUUCGAUCUACUUAGAAACUGCUGUACUCCACCUGUGUCAAGACGACGAAAUUAAGCAUGGUCCCACAAAGAUGACAACCUCUGUGCAUAAUAAAGGGCAAAACUUCAUCCCAAUGCCAGAUGAUGAUGAUGAUGAUUAUGAGGAGUAUUUCGACAGCGACUUUUCUGGCAUAAAGCUCACAAAAAUACGGAAAGUUGUAUAUGACGACCCUUACGAUUCAAAUCCUACACCAAACAGUAUCAAAUGGAAUAGAAUUAAUGAUGAAGGGAACCGACUGACCAAAAACUUCAACAUUGUGACGGCUUUGGCAAAAAAGAACUAUCUGAUAAAACUAAGACAUCCAUUGCUUAUCAUCGCCUUACUUAUCCUUCCAAUAAUUCAAAUGGUAUUAAACAACACAAUUAUGGGGAAAGAACCAUUUGGACUGCCCAUAGCGUACAUGAGUAACGACUGAAACAUCUACAGCAGCACUCGCACCCUGAGCGAUUAUACCUUAUUCGACUAUUGUUCAAAUACCUACACUAAAUAUAAUAACGGGAGUCAAACAUGCUUCAAGAAUGAAAUGAGUGCAAUCUGCACGUUUCUUAACCAGUUUGAUGCUAAGGAUGUCACUUGGAUACCAACCUCAUCUGUGCAAGAAUCGCUUAAUCUUGUCAACAACGGUGACACCAUUGGAUACUUGGAAUUUCCUUCAAACUUCACGCAUCAUUUUAGGAAUCGGGCAAUGUAUCGUAAUUUUGCAGACAAUGAGACCAUUGACGGAGCUUCGUUGAAAAUUAGGAUGGAUUUGUCAAAUUCGAUUAGUAGCUCGUGGUUGGCCAGCAAAUUAUUGAACCGCUACCAUACUUUUGCAAAAGAAACCAUACAAAGUUGCGGAGAGGAUCCAAAUUUGAUUGAGAUGCCGUUGAAGUUCAAUGCAAUAUUUGGUGAGUUAGAGGGUCAGUCCUGGAUAAUUUAUUUUCAGCCCGGAAUUAUCACCACAUUCUUAUUUGUACUAACCUCUGUAAAUGGAAUUCUAUGGGUGACAGAGAAAAGACUGAAAAUUUCAGAUCGAGGCACAGUGGCCGGGAUCAAGUUUGGUCAUAUAAUUGCUGCCAGUGUAAUCUCGGAUACGGUCGUAAUUAUUGUCCAGGUUGGCAUUGUCAUAUUCAUGAUGGUCUACUUGUAUGACUUGGACAUCAAAGGGUCGUGGGAAUUGGCUGUGCUCCUAAUGUUUCUUGUCUCAUUGUCGGGACAGUCUUUCGGCUAUUUAUUUGCCACUCUGACCAAUAAUGAGAUGGACAUCAUCAUAAUUUUGAUGUUCCUCAACGGCGUACUCUUGGUCGGUUCUGGAGUAGUUUGGCCCUUGGAGACAGUAAGGAUGAGUUGGCGUGUCCUAUGUUUGAUGCUCCCCGUCUCUAUUCCAACGGCGUCGUUAAGAUCAAUUAUAUUUCGAGGAUGGGGUCUGGAUCAUACGGAAGUUCUUCAAGGGUUUGCCGUCACAAUUUGCUGGAUCGUGGUCACACUUGGAGUGAAUAUUUGGUUGAAUCGGCGUAAGAAAUAGGAAGAAUGCUGCUUCAAAAAAAAUGUAUAUAUAAAAUAAAAUAUAUAAAUAAAAUUAAGGGAUAACUAAAUUUCUUCCGUGUGUUAUUUGGAUUUUACUAAAAUGAUUUAAAAUUUGAUGCUAACUAGUUGAGAAUUUGAAAAAUAAAUGGUUCGGC